AUGGCUCCGCGGUGUGUCCUUGAUAGCCACAUUCACCUAUGGCCUGAGCAUAUGUGCAAUGAGGAAGGGCAUGCUUGGAUGACACCGGGCAUGCCCUUAGCCAAAGAACAUCUUCUAUCACAUUACUACGCUGCAUCAAAGCAGGAUGGGUCUUCAGAAACAGACUUCGAAGUCACCGGCGUCGUAUACGUCGAGACAGAUGUACGAUACAGUCCACCCUGGGGAGAAGUCAAAGACUGGGCGAAAGGGCCUCUAGACGAGAUCAAAUUCCUCCGAGACUGUGCAGAAGGCAAAUACGGCGAACGCGACAGCAAAAUGUUACUGGCAAUCGUGGCGUGGGCACCCAUGGAUCAAUCAACAGAAGUCCUCGAAGAAUGGCUUCGACUAGCCGAAGAAGCCGCUGGACCAGAAACGUGGAAACGAGUCAAAGGGGUCAGAUUCCUACUCCAAGCGAUCCUCGACGAGGAGAAAUUCAAGACUUUAGUUUCCAGUCGACAUUUCAUCAACAACCUCAAACUCCUCGGAAAACGAAGUUUCGCAUUUGAUGUCGGUGUCGAUCAGCAUUCCGGGGGAAUUUGGCAAUUGGAACUCAUAUCUCGAGCCAUGACGACUGCUCACGUCGACGUGUCGGAAGAUGAGAAAGUCACGUUCGUUCUCAAUCAUCUUUGCAAACCAGACUUUCUCCCUAAUGGUCCGGAUUUCGAUCGCUGGGUUAAGGUCAUCGAACAUAUGUCUGCGCUUCCGAAGACUUACAUGAAACUUUCUGGGGCUUUGAGUGAGAUUCCCGAAGGCCUGUCGGAUGCGGCUGCGAUCGCGACGCAUGUGAGGCCUUGGGUCGAGCACGUUUUCGCAUCGUUUGGGCCUGGUCGGGUUAUGUUUGGUAGCGACUGGCCGGUGUGUAAUGUGAGAGGCCCUGCUGGAGAGGACUCAUGGGUCGUGUGGAAGGAUGUGGUCGGUUUACUGCUUGAUCAUAGUAGUCUGAGGCUUAAUGAUGAUCACAAGGCUUUGGUCUGGAAAGGCACGGCUGAGAAGGCGUAC